AAGGCUUCAAGCCUUAUGAAUCUUGCCUGACGGUGCUAAAGCGUGUAUCAAGUGAAACCGCUCGUACGCCGAGGCGGAGAGCAUACCAACAAUUCGAGGAGCUCAAAGAGUCUCCUCUUGAAGAAGUUAGUGGUUUCGAGGGGAUUGUAUGACUUCCCAGGGGCGUAAUUUCCAACUCAGUACGCUCCUUCCCAACUCGACGCCCCUGCCGAAGAGGAGACUAAGGAGUUAACCCGAGCAGGCAUGUUUUUGGAGAGUGUCAGGAACGUCAUUGCAAACCAAAUGUGAAUGUCCAAUUACGCUCCUAACUUCACCACCCCGCCUAAAUGUUAAUGGGAGGUAGAAACUGGUCCCUCUGAAGAAGAGGUGAUGAAGAAGGCCGGCCACGAUGAGGCAACGACAGUUGUUAAAACGGAGGAGGGCCACGGACCAAGUGCUAUCGAGCCAACUUCUGAGGUGACUCCUUUCGUUAUCCCACCUCCUUUGACUACAGAAGUUGGUUCAUCACUCCCUAUAGUUGUGAUGAAAAUAGCUCUGUCGACAUCUGAAUUGAUGACACUAAUGCUAGCUGCUGAUCAACAAGUUUCGCUGAGCCUACGACUAAAAUCGUUCAACCAAUUGCUUUGGAGGUGGAUGCGGCUAUCUCUAUCUCUUCUGCAGAGGAAGAAGAGGCAGUUGACUAUUCUGGGGAAAGAGACACUGAUUUCUGUCAGUCUCCAGGGGCUAAAUCUCCCGUUGGGGACUUGGAUACGUUGAUACCACCCCUGAAGUCGUUAAGAAAUGGACUAGUUUGUUGGAGUCCAUACAUGUAGGGGCUUCUACCUCUCCUCGACCACACAUUUCUUAUUGAGUGAGUCCACCGAUCGAGCCUCCAAUUUAGGAAGAGGAGGCGACAAUUUCAUCAAUGGCCAUCGUCGCCUUCAUAUCUUAAGCUUCCACUUUAACAACUAUCGAACCAGUUGCCAAAACAACAAUGGCAAAGUCCUUAAUUUCGGUGGUGUCUACUCCGACUUUCACCAUCGUAGCCACCAGCGCUCUACUCCUAGCUCCUACAAAACCGCCAAAUGCCGAUGAAGCUCUACUUUCUCCCACUGCUCGUAUGCAACAAAGGGAAGGGCUGUAAAUUGAACUAUCGAAAGCUUCCGGUCUUUCCUUCAGGAUAGCGUAAGGAUGAUAUUAGAUGAAGGCUACUACUUUGAUGAAUGUAAACCAGGCUUGCAAUUGUAUUUAUAUAAUUUGACCAAGUUGGUUGCUGUCAAU